GGGCAAGCGCAGCACGGCUUGAGCGGCUUCUUCUUCUCGCCGCCCUCGGUGAUGGCGGCGGGGUCCGCGGCGGCGGCAGACACGGUCGACAUCUCAAACCUACGACGGAACAUGAAAGAUUCUGUCAUGAUCUCUUACUCAGCGAAAGAAGAAAAUUCAGACGUAAGCAAACACAAGCCCUGAGUCAUUAUCCCCGGCAGCUGUGGCCUGUAUAAACAAAAAACAGCUGCUCUCAUGUCUCUCCAAGCGUGCUGAUUAGCAUUUACAGCCAACAAAUUGCCUCCCGUGACGAUAAAGCUUGACGAAAUGAAGCCAAACUUGGACUGAAGGACUGAAGGACUGAAAUCUGUAAAUGUGGCUCACUCUAAAAGCCGUGAACAUUUGACAGGACAUAAAAAGACUCUUUCACGAUUGCUUACUCUGGUCUGAAAUGCUCGCUCUCAACUCUUCAGCCUGGUUUGAAGCGCAGCAUUCAUUUACCUUUUGGAACUGACAUGACCCCAAAGAUAAUCCUCCCUUCUCCACAGCUGCAUUAAAUCCGUCCAAGCAAAAACAAAUGUGAAAUAACUCCCAGUGUGUAUCCGUGCACACGUGCUCACGUGUUGUUGAUCAAGUGUAAAGAAGCCACACUGAGAGAGAGUGCUCAGGUAACGAAAAAGGAUUUCAUGACAUCCUACGUCGAAUAGAUGGAGGGAACGUAAUGUCCCAGAUUGAACUCGCUGCUUCACAAGCAACGUUCACGCCCAAAAUACAGACUUGUACAAACAAAACCAGAGACAACAUUUUAAUACGAUAUGGCUUGUAGUCGCACAAACAUAGAAAAGUGAGAACACACACAGCCCAUCCAUCCAUCCAUCCAUCCAUCCAUCCAUCCAUCCAUCCAUCCAUCCAUCCAUCCAUCCAUCCAUCCAUCCAUCCAUCCAUCCAUCCAUCCAUCACAUGCAGACCGGACGCUCGAGGAUGAGUGACAACUGGACUUAAACCUCUUGGCAUGAUUCAUAGAGGACGAAAGUCACAUCUUGAAUAGUUGAUGAGUGCAGAGAGAAAAGGAAGAAGAAUCGGAGGGGAGGAGCAGAAAUAGAGAGAGAGCGAGAGAUGAGGAAGAGGGAUGGAUGAGAGAGGCCGAGAGGGAGGGAUGAGGGUGGUUAUCAUCCUGCCUCCACGCCGCUUCAUUCAGGUUGAGCUCUUCAUCGGAAAAGAGCAGGCAGGGAAAAAGAAGAACGGGAAGAAUACAAAGAAGAUUAGGGGCAUAUUUUAAAAAAAACACUUUUUAAAACAUAGACAUUGCCUCGAAACAACUGGAAUACAAAUACAAUACAAAGAACUAGAACAAGAAAGGGGAUAAGAAUAUAAAGUAGAGGAACAACAAGGAAUAAGAACAAGAGGAACAUUAAGAAGUGGAAGAAGAGAAUACCGACAAGAAGUCAAAUAUAUAGAAUUGGAAGAAAAAGAACAACGACGAGACAAACUUCAAGAGGAGCAAGACAAGAACUUGAAGAACAACAAGAAGCAGAAGAAUAAAAUCAACUCAAACAAGAAGUUCUGGAAGAAUAGCUGGAGUCGGGUCGAGAUGGUCCGAUGAGGCGAGCGUUUUGUGCCACGGCGGCCAUGCAGAGACUGAGGGCUCGGGGAACGGCGGCGGCGGCGGGAUGCGAGAGGGCGCCCUGCGGGUGGCGGGCGCUGCUCUUGCCUCAGCAGAACCGCCAAUCUCUCUACAUGUACGGAAGCGAGGUGGCCGUGGAGAAGGAGUGCAUCCGCCAGCUGCAGAGCGGCGUCUUCGUCAUCCAUCCCUUCAGCCUCAUGAGGAGCUACUACAUCAUGGGCAUGAUGGCCAUCACCUUCCUCAACUUGAUCGGCAUCCCCAUGGAGAUCGCCUUCCUGGACGGCAGCAGCGGGCUAGCCUGGGAAGGCUUUAACGUCUUCUCGGACACGCUCUUCCUCAUCGACGUGGCGCUCAACUUCCGCAUGGGCAUCAUCAGCGAGAACGGAGAGGAAGCCAUCCUAGACAUCAAGCGGAUCCGAGUGUGCUACCUGAGGACGUGGUUCAUCCCCGACGUCAUCGCCGCCUUUCCCAUCGGCUACAUCCUCCUCUUUGCGGAUUUACAUUACCACAGUGACGACAACCCCUCCAAGACCACCAGGAUGAUGAGGAUCCUCAUGUUUGUACGUAUCCUCAGCCUCAUACGACUGGCACGGGUGUCCAGGCUGGUGCGCUUCUUCAACGAGGUGGAGAAAGUUUCCAACGCAAACUUAGAGGUGGUGCGCCUGUUCUUCCGCAUCCUCUCCCUGUUCAUGAUGAUCUUCUUGCUGUGCCACUGGAACGGUUGCAUCCAGUACUUUGUGCCCAUGCUGGAGGAGUUCCCCACCGACUGCUGGGUCCGUAAGGAGAACCUGAUGAAUGCCACAGUCAUCGUGAAGUACUCUUGGGGGGUCUUCCGAGCUCUCUCGCAGAUGAUCGCGCUGUCUUACGGAUCCAUGGACGCUCCCACCAAUUACGUGGAGAUGUGGAUCGUGAUGGUGAGCAUGGUGUCCGGGUGCCUGAUGUACACGGUGCUGGUGGCCAACGCCACGGCCAUGAUCGCCAACACCGACCCCGCCGCCAAGGAGUACAAGAGCAAGAUGAGCCGCUUGGAGCACUACAUGACCUUCAUGAAACUCCCGCCAGAGCUGCAAUUGCGCAUCACCAACUACUACCAGGCACGCUACGGAGGGAAAUGGUUUGACGAGAAGGAGGUCAUGUACACCGUGUCGUCUGCCUUGAGGGAGCAAAUCCUGACAGUGAUGUGCAGCCGCCUGCUCAGGAACAUGCCGUUGUUCCGGAACAAAGACGAGAAUGUGCUCAUUAGCAUGGUGCACAGGCUGGACUACGAGGUGUUCCAGGAGGGCGACGUCAUCAUCCGGGAGAACGCGCCGGGAGACCGCAUGUUUUUCAUAGACCACGGUCAGGUGCUGGAGGAGAACGACGACUUUCACAGGGAGCUCUGCGACGGGGAUUUCUUUGGAGAGGCUUGCGUGCUGACCAGAGGCAAACAUCUGGCCACGGUGAAGGCGCUGACCGACUGCCAGUGUUUCAGUCUGUCCUGGGACGACUUUCAGGAGGUGCUGCAGGCCUACCCGGACCUACGCAAGGAUUUGGACAAGCUGGUGGAGCUGGAUGCGGGAUUUGCAUGAGGAAAUAGACAUUUCAGACUUGGGGUGGGCAAACCUUUGUGCUCAAGGGCUGCAUUUUUAUUUUUUAUUUUUUUUUAAACCAGCAGAUGGGACAGCUCAUUCAUAGAUGAAUCUUGAAUUCUAUAAAUAUUUAUAUAUUUUAUCAUUCUCAUGCUAUACAGAAUUUGCACAUCAUUUAUUGAUGCAAAAGUAAAAGUGUUUAUUUGGACAAUAAAAGUUAGAAUGUAAAAUAGAUUGGUACAUUGGUUUACAAACGUCCGCAUUUUUUUGAGCGGUCUUAUUAAAGAAGACAGCGGGCCGGACGGAUUUUGCUCACCCCUGUUUUGGAGGCAUCCCUCCUUUUAAUCAUAAUCAAUAAAGAGCAUCAAAUGAUCUCAAUUGUUCCUAUGUGAAUAUUGCUGUCUGUGAAAUCUGCACAGAUGGCACAAGCUAUUUUUGGUGAAAGUAAUUAAAUAAAUAAAAGUAAGUACAAAAACA